UAGUCUCUACCUCACAGUUUCCUUCAGCAACCUUUAACACAGCAGUUACCAAAUUCUUCUUCUUCAAGUUCUUCUUUUUACUCUGUUGUUUCAAGUAUGAGUACAGCAACCUGCGUCGACAUCAUCAUCGCCAUCCUCUUGCCUCCUCUUGGGGUCUUCCUGAGGUUUGGCUGCGGGGCGGAGUUCUGGAUCUGUCUAAUACUGACCCUUUUUGGUUACCUUCCUGGGAUCAUCUAUGCUAUCUGGUCCAUCACCAAAUGAUGUAGCCAAUCGUACUUCAUUUUCUGUGGUAGUCGUACAGAUGCAAAUGGCACAUAAGGCCUGUAGUUUUCACUUUUCACCGUUGGAUUGGAUAGCACUUGUACCGUUGGAUUGGAUAGCACUUGUUUGGUGUAGCCAAUAAUGUAGUGCGUCAUUUUCUACUUUGUAUCGAGUUCGUUAUGUUUCCCCACCAUGUCCUAUCUGUUGUGGGCUUGGUUGGUAUUGUGGAUUAAUGUGUCUUAAAACAUUAAUUAUUUAUUUAAUUCUCAAUGUGGAUUUGAUUUAAAUUUUGUGGAUUCUCAUCCAUCCAACCCAGUAGGGUUUGGAGGGUAUCACUAGCUUUAUGAAUAAUAUUGAGUGCUCCAUUAAUCAUUA